AUGACACAAGACGAUAAAGAUUUAGAUAUAUUUAAUUCAUUAACUCAAACUACCCAAGAUUCAUCGUUUUCUGACAAUGAUGAAAAAUCAUUCAUCUCUAAACAAAUACAAGCAAACAAUAGAAAAAAGAAAAAAUCCGGUGGUUUCCAGUCAAUGGGAUUAAGUUAUCCUAUAUAUAAAGCUGUAUUGAAAAAAGGAUUUAAAGUUCCAACUCCUAUACAACGCAAAACAAUUCCUUUAAUAAUGGAAGGUAACGAUGUUGUUGGUAUGGCUCGAACUGGAUCUGGGAAAACUGCUGCCUUUUUAAUUCCAAUGUUAGAAAAAUUGAAGAUACAUUCUGCAAAGGUAGGAACAAGGGCUAUAAUAUUGUCUCCAUCACGUGAGCUUGCAUUACAAACACAAAAGGUCUGUAAAGAGCUUGCAAAAUACACUGAUAUUAGGGCAUGUAUUCUGGUUGGAGGUGAUAACCUGGAGGAUCAAUUUUCAAUGAUUCUCGGGAACCCUGAUGUUAUUAUUGCCACUCCAGGUCGUUUACUUCAUUUAAUUGUGGAAAUGAAUUUAGAACUUGGUGCAGUUGAAUAUAUAGUUUUUGAUGAAGCUGAUAGAUUAUUUGAAAUGGGUUUUUCUGUUCAACUACAUGAGAUUUUACAUAGGUUACCACAUACACGUCAAACAUUACUUUUCUCUGCUACUUUACCGAAAUCACUGGUAGAGUUUGCAAGAGCAGGUCUUCAAGAUCCUACUCUAGUAAGACUGGAUACUGAUACCAAGAUUAGCAGUGAUUUAGAGAUGGCAUUCUUUUCAGUAAAACAGACAGAAAAAGAAGCAGCAUUAUUGUAUACAUUACAUGAGAUAAUUAAAGUACCAACUGAAUCCAUAUUUAAUAUAAAAAAUAAUGAUAAUAGUAAUCUGAAAAAAAAAUCAAAUAAACAAAAAAAUCAAGAAUCAAAAUCCGCAUCAAAGGAAUUACUAUUGUCAUCAUCACAUCAAACAAUAAUUUUUGUUUCAACAAAACAUCAUGUUGAAUACAUUUCGAAUCUUUUAAUUUCAGCUGGAUUCAAAACUUCAUAUAUUUAUGGUUCGCUUGAUCAAACAGCUCGAAAAAUUCAAAUAAGUAAUUUUCGUAAUGGCCAAACCAAUCUAUUAGUGGUGACUGAUGUUGCGGCCAGGGGAAUUGAUAUCCCAAUCAUAGAAAAUGUGAUCAACUAUGAUUUUAUUAAUAGUAGUAAAGUAUUUAUUCACAGAGUCGGAAGAACUGCUAGAGCUGGCAAAAGUGGAUGGGCAUAUUCAUUAAUUACCCAUGAUGAAUUUCCAUAUCUGUUAGAUUUACAACUUUUUCUUAGCCGUCGUUUGAUAAUUGGCAUGAAGAAUGAAGAUUAUGAUGCUUCCUCAUUGGAUUAUACUAAAGAUAUAAUUUUUGGUUGUUUUCCUCGUGGCUCUUUGGAUAUACAUUUGGAAUGGGUCAAAGAAAAGUUGCAAGGUGAAAGUAACCUUGAAUCACUUCAAAAGGUUGCCAAAAAUGGAUACAAGUUGUAUUGCAAAUCAAAACCCAUAGCUGCUUCAGAAAGUUAUAAAAGAACUAAGGAGCUUGUUGAAAAAAUGGUUUUCACUGAAGUUCAUCCUCUUUUUGUUGAUAAAGUUGAUCCAAAUGAAAAAGAAUGUCAGAAUCUCAUUAAAAAAAUAUCAAACUUUCGUCCACAUGAGACUAUAUUUGAAAUGGGAAGUCGAGGAAAUAAACAAUCUAUGGGUGCUCAAAUUAUGAAGAAACGUCAUGAUGCUUCUUCAAAAAGAAAAUCUGAUGAAUUUGAUAUUAAGAAGGAAGAAGAAAAUAAUAAUAAUUCAAAGACAUCAAAGCGGAAGGCUAACAGUGAUGUUGAUAAAAAAUCAAAGAAAUCAAAAAUUGACAAUUAUCGUGAUGAAGAACAUUAUAUAUCACAUUAUCAAAAAGAUGCAAACACAGAAAAAGGUUAUUCAGUGAACCAGGGUGCAUUAUUUAUUGAGGAAGCACAAAGAGCCAUGUUAGAUCAACAGAAUGAUGAACAUGUUCCUGAAUUAAACAAAAGAAAGGUUUUAACAUGGAACAGUAAAAAGAAAACAUUUUUACGAGGUGGUGGUAUUGGAUCUGACAAUAAAAAAUUAAUCAAAACUGAAAGUGGUGUAAAGCUACCUGCUACUUAUAAAAGUGGAAGAUUUAAUGAUUGGCGACAAAAAAAUAAAGUUUCAAUGCCUCGAGUUGGUGAAAAAGAACUUUUAUCAGCAUCUUCAUAG